AUGUCACACAUGGGCCCAAAUGGCGCCGAUGGCGACCCCUGGCAACAACUAUCAGGGAAGGCUUCAAGACUUCGCGUCCCUAAGCACGCUAUCCUGACGAGAGACACCCCUUUCGGCCGGCACAGACCGGCACCUGAGGUAGUGGAACAUAUGUUAGAUGAUCUAGAAGAUCGUAUGAGAAACUACUUUGUGCUGUACAAUCGGGAACGUGAGAUGCGUAAAGAGGUAGAAGCUACUGCAUAUCGCCUUGAGAAGGAGCUUUUGGCAGAACGUGAGAAGGUGGCAGAAACUAAUAGUAAGAUAGACCAUUUGGAAGCGAAGAUUAAGGCGUUGAUCGGACAGCCGCUCAAAAUAAGAGAAACCAUCGAUAAAAUAGAAAUACUCUACAAUCAAAUGGAUACUCUGGUACAAGCAUUUGUGGGAAUAGGUAGCUGUGCAACAUUGCAAAGCCAAAACCGUGCGGCGUUUCUGCGGUUGUUCUUAGAAUACCUCUACCCGUGCCGGGAUCUAGAUGCACGGCUCAAUACCCUCUACACCGCAAUGUACGCAUCGCUCUCAUGUGCAGGUGGAGCAGUACAACUAACACCUCUGCCGGAACCGGUGGCGCCUGUAAGUGAGGAAACAGCAACGCCCGCGCCGCCACUAAGAGGGCUUUCGAUUACCGUACACCAACUUAUGCUCAAGGUCACAAAUGCGACGUCAGAACCCGGAUGGUACUCAUGCGUUUUCCGAUAUGAUCAUGAACCGGCUGAAUCUAUGGAAACUAAUGCAUCACGAGUUUUGAAGGUCAAUGCACGACCACUAGACAGCGCCUCAGGUGUUAUCGAUUUCAACGAUUGCGUAGAGGUACAUCAGUUGCCCCCUAGGAUACCAAAUGUAAUUCCAAAACUCAUAUUGGACGUUUAUGCCGCGAAAGAAUUAGUGGGCAGUGCCACUGUCUCCAUUGUGGAUGCCAAGACUUUGAACCCACGUGAUCCGUGGGCCAUAGUCAACGCACAGGGUAAUCAUUGCGGUGACGUAAUAGUCACCGUUCGUGGCAUACCCGCCGGUGCCAAGCUACCUGCUGUCGGUUUUGCUCGUCGUAACAAUGAGUUGCUGCUGAGCAGUGUAGCGCCCGCAGAAAGCGAAGACACAUCGAAAUUCGUGGCGACUGUGCCAGACAGCAAGAAGGAGACACGUCCGACUGAUGCCGCUGAUAAAAAGGAUCCGCCGCAACGCGCUGCGAAAACACCUGUGGUUGAAAAGGGACCACCCAGGUUUAUACCUCCACGUGCUACCGCACCACCUAAAGCAGCUGCGGAUGAACCAUUCCAGCCUAAGCAGAAGGCGGUAUUCCGCAAACCAUUAUUCCUCAAGAGCAAGGGCCUGAGCAAACCCACACCGUUGGGUGGUGAACCUAAAGCGCCCGAGGCGACCGCCGAACCCCCAAGCGCUCCUGCGGCCAGCAAAGCGACACCUACCGAAAAGGCUAAGGUGCCAUCUCCGCCAGUAGAAGCUAAAACUGCACCAGUGCCACCGAAGGUAGCACUAAGCAAGGAUACGGUGCCUAAGAUGGCCGUAAAAGCACCUGCAAAAGCACCAAUAGAGAAACAACCGGCGCCAACACCAAAGGUGACAUUCAAAUCACCCUCAGGAGAUGCCUCUCCGGCACCGAAGGCGCUGGUAAAGACGCCAGCGAUCGCCAAGGCAGACACCGCAACAAAAGCUCCACCGGUUCUUAGCAAGGCUGUGGCCAAGGGUACUCCCGCACCUUCACCGGCAGCUGUACCCAAGGUAACACCCAAAGGAGCGCCAGCUGUCGCUCCAAAGGCUGCAGGAGUUUCGGAGGCUAAAGCACCGGGAGUCUUGCCAAAAGUUGCUCCAAAAGCAACUCCCGCCGCAACGACAACGGAUGCUGCUGCGGUAGUCCCCAAGGUAUCAUUGAUAGCUCCCAAAACCAAGGCGCUUUCGCUCACUCCUAAAGUAGCAAUGGAAAAAAUAGCGCCGAAGAUGGCCCCACCAGCAGCGGCUUCUACUGCCUCAGAAACAUCACAGGAAAAGAAACCGUUGGUACCGGUUGUUGUCAAGCCUAAAUUAUUGCUUAAGAAACCGCUGGCGCCGAAGAAGGCGUCAGGUAACGCAUUGUGA